GAGCAUAAAAUAAUGAACAAAUGCUGUGAAAUUUGUUGCUGUGCACGCUUUUGGCAGAAAGAAGGGGGAGAAGAAGAACAACAAUGAAAAAGAGGAUAUGCUGGUGCCGCUGACGAUAAAUCUAACCUGCAGCUCAUCGUGACAGGUCGACCAGUUUCAGGGAGGAUGCUGAUGCCACGUGUCUUGAGCUAGGAAGAGCUGCAAUUCAGGCAUUGGCGGCAAAACUGUUUGAACUCCCUUCCACUCCAGCUGCAGUUGGGCGGUCUGUCACACUCCCCUCACCAUCGACGCGAUUGCUGAGAGAAAAGCCGGAGCAUGGAGAACGUGAUUAUUGGGACAGCUGUCACCUCGAGGAGCGUGGCUUUGGGUAGGCUGCCAUGUGGCUGCAGCGGUGGGGAGCAAUCCGGUAGGAAGGCAGUGCAGUCGGCUCCGUCUUCGUGCACAUGCCUGAGACGAAUUGGAGUUAAGCCAUGGCGUGCCAAACUGAUCAGAGUGUCCAACUCUUGUAGGAGAUGCCAAGAUGGAGCAGGAUGUGACACCAGUCCAUGGACAGAUGUUUUUAACACUUCCAGCACAGAUUUGGCCAUGUUGACAGGCCAUCUUUGUCCUCUGUUGAUCAACAUGUGGCAUGGCGGGCCAGCAUCUGGACGGCUGAGUGUUCUGGCUAAGUCAUGGUCAUUGCGUUGCGCAGACUGCUCAGUUCAUCGCCGACUGGUAUCUCAGCCAAGUCAUGGAUCUGACUGGACAAUCUUGACGAGCCUAGAGUCAUCCCUGGCAUCCCCGGCCAGCUUCGGUGCACAGUGGCAACUGGGGGAUCGAACGUGCCACUGUUCAGAUGGCUGGUGGGUCCACUCCCGAUCGUUCCUGCUCGCUCCAUUACUGCAUCACUCUGGCCGAAGGUUUCGGUGUGUAAGGGGAAAGAAGUGCGACCUGUCUCAUGAUAGUCAGGCUCCCGAUUGGCGCAGAGUACAAGAAGGAGCUGCCACAGCCAAUGAAGGCCCAAAGGAAUGCCCAGCAGCCAGUGGCGGCAGCGGCCAUAGCGGCCCGGUAUUGGCAAGCGAUGUCCUGGGAGGGAGGGAAGCAGUGGAAGGCCAGCAGUUGUUGGAGACGGAGGUGCAGGUGGAGGGUACAAUCUCGCCGCCCCUGCUGGCGCCAUCCCUUGCUGAGGAUGCGCCAGCGGAUCCACAUGUCACGCAAUCGUACGGUCAUGAGCAGCGUGUGGCUGGCACAUCCUCGGCAAAAAUGAUACCGUGGCAUUUUUCUGUUCCCGCACAAAGGACUCUCAGCAAACUUGUACCACUUGUCCAAGUAGAGAGGGGUCUUAUAGUUAAGGCUUGGACCUGCACACUGCUGUCAGCAGUGUGCCUUGUCCAGGCUGUCCCUCAAAUAGGCCAGCUGUCAUCAUUAUUAUCCGAGGGGAACCUGAGGCAGCUGCUGCGGCUUUCUACGGGCCUUCUUGCCAUUGUCGCCCUUCGAUCGGCUGCCCAGUAUUUUCAGGACACGUGGCUGUGGGAGGCGUCCCUUCGUGUCACCCUCUCCCUUCGAGAAAAGACCUUUGCCCACUUGCAGACGCUCGAUAUGGAGUUCUUCGAAGGCAGGAAUACCACUGGGGAGGGUGACUUGGCCUAUCGAGUAAUUGCGGAGUCCGAGGACGCUGGGGAGAUGGUGUAUUCCAUAGUCCAGCGUUUUGUCCCAAGCGUCGUGCAACUUGUGGUCGUGAUUGCACGUAUGGUACUGCUGAGCCCUUCUCUUACGGUGGCUACUCUUGCGGUAGUGCCAUGCAUGGGAUUGGUGAUUGCAAAACUUGGUGAACAACUGCGGGGUCUCUCAAGGAAAGGACAGGACAGUGUUGCAGGGCUCGCAGCAUAUGUCAGCGAGGUAACUCUGCAGAUUACUGGAAUGGAUGCUGUGCAGAUUCUGAAUGAUGUGCAGGUCUGUAGAUUACUGGAAUGGAUGCUGUGCAGAUUCUGAAUGAUGUUUAGGUUAAACGACAGGGACUCAGAGAGAAAGCAAGGGGGUAUGAAGGGGGGGAGUUGGGGUGGAGAGGAGCAGCACAGAAAGGCCUAUGACUUCUGUUGUUGGGUGCAGGCUGGUUAUUCUUGUGCAUGUCCCCCUUUUUUAAUGAUCAACAAGUGUGCUCUUACGGCAGACCAGUGCAGGCACUUGCCGCUCAGCCGCAUGACUCUUUGUUUGCCUCUUGUGGUUCUCAGAUGGAUUUGGUUUUUAUAUUAGGGGAGCUUAGUCACCUUACAUAACAAAUUCACAGAGAGACA